GCGGCGUCGGCCACGUUCAGCGGACACGGGAGCAAGAUGGCGAUUCCGGGCAGGCAGUAUGGGCUUAUUUUGCCAAAGAAAACACAGCAGUUGCACCCUGUUUUGCAAAAACCUUCAGUGUUUGGGAAUGAUUCUGAUGAUGAUGAUGAGACCUCCGUGAGUGAAAGCCUUCAGAGGGAAGCUGCUAAGAAGCAGGCCAUGAAACAGACCAAACUGGAAAUCCAGAAGGCCCUUGCAGAAGAUUCUACUGUAUAUGAAUAUGACAGUAUUUAUGAUGAAAUGCAGAAAAAAAAGGUGGAAAAUAAUCCCAGAUUGCUUUUGGGGAAAGACCGAAAGCCCAAGUAUAUUCACAACUUGCUAAAAGCAGUUGAGAUCAGAAAAAAGGAACAGGAAAAAAGAAUGGAGAAGAAAAUACAGAGAGAACGAGAAAUGGAAAAGGGAGAGUUUGAUGAUAAAGAGGCAUUUGUGACAUCUGCAUAUAAGAAAAAACUACAAGAGAGAGCUGAAGAAGAAGAAAGAGAAAAGAGGGCUGCUGCACUGGAAGCAUGUUUAGAUGUAACUAAGCAGAAAGAUCUCAGUGGAUUUUAUAGGCACCUGUUAAAUCAAGCAGUUGGUGAAGAGGAAAUACCUAAAUGCAGCUUUCGUGAAGCCAGAUCUGGUAUAAAGGAAGAGAAAUCAAGGGGUUACUCCGAUGAAUUAAGUUCGGAAAACAGAAUACCACAAGAGAAAUACAUUCUUCAAGCUGAUGUGAAAGUAGAGGAAAACCCAGAUGCAGACAGUGACUUUGAUGCUAAGAGCAGCGAGGAUGAUGAAAAAGAAGAAACUACACUGAAUUGCAGAAGAAAAAAGGUCACAGAGACCCCUGAGAAUGACUCGAAGCACCACAGGAAUCAAAACCACUCUCAGUCGCCUAGUGAAGAAAGAGGGCAUGGUGCCAGACACCACACAAAAGGAUCACAAACAUCAAGAGGACAUGAGAAAAGAGAAGAUCAGCACCAGCAGAAGCAAUCCAGAGACGAGGAGAACCAUCACACUGACCGUGAUUACCGGAAAGAAAGAGAUUCUCAUAGGCACAGAGAUGCCAGUCAUAGAGAUUCCCAUUGGAAGAGGCAUGAACAGGAAGAUAAACCAAGGAUGAGGGACCAAAGAGAAAGAAGUGACAGAGAAUGGAAAAGGGAGAAAGACAGGGAGAGAUAUUCCCAAAGAGAACAAGAAAGAGAUAGACAACAAAAUGAUCAGAACCGACACCGUGAGAAAGGAGAGAAGGAAGAGAAAACCAAAGCUAAGGAAGAACAUAUGAAAGGAAGGAAGGAAAGAUAUGAAAAUAAUGAUAAAUACGGAGAUAGAGAAAAAGGAGAAGUAAGUGUUCAGUCUUCAGAAAGACAUCGAGACAGAAAGGAAAGCAGCCCAAAUUCUAGGGCAAAGGAUAAAUUUCUUGACCAAGAAAGAUCCAACAAAAUGAGAAACACGGCAAAGGACAAAGAAAGAAACCAGGAGAAACUCUCUAAUUCUGAACUAUCACUGGGAGCAAAACACAGACUCACAGAGGAAAGGCAAGAGAAGGGUAAAGAACAAGAGAGACCACCUGAGGCAGUGAGCAAGUUUGCAAAGCGGAACAAUGAAGAAACUGUAAUGUCAGCUAGAGACAGGUAUUUAGCCAGGCAGAUGGCACGGGUUAAUGCAAAGACCUAUAUUGAGAAAGAAGAUGAUUGAUGGCUACCCCGAGAGAUGUGAGGAAACACAGAAAACUCUUAAUUCCUGGAACCUGCUAUGUGAAACCAUAAAGGAAUGUGUUACCAGUAGUUUGGAGGGCAUUUUUAAAUUUAUUUUCAAAAAUUUUAGGUUAAAAUCAAAAGUCAAUCUAACAUCUUGAAUGUUUGGAUGUUUGGAUGUGGAUGUUUGGCUGAAUUUAUAUUCAGUAUGUACUUGCCAUUAAAAUUAAUUUUGGCCAGACGUGGUAGCUCAUGCCUGUAAUACCAACAUUUUGGGAGGCUGAAGCAGAAGGAUCACCUGAGGCCAGGCAUUCAAGACCAGCGUGGGCAGGAUAUUGACGCCUUGUCUUUAUUUAAAAAACAAGCCUGAGCUGGGCGCGGUGGCUCACACCUGUAAUCCCAGCACUUU